AUGUACUUCUUCCUCGGGAACCUUUCCUUUGUCGACCUUUGUUUCAGCUCCAUAACGGCUCCGCUCAUGUUGGCCAAUCUUCUUCGGGACAGGAAGACCAUCACCUUUGAAGGAUGCAUGAGCCAGAUGUUCUUUCUGUUCUGCACUGCCAGCAUGGAGUGCUUUGUCCUGGCCGUCAUGGCUUACGACAGACUGGUUGCCAUCAGCAAUCCCCUUAUUUACUUACAGAUCAUGAACAAGAAGACAUGUGUGGGUCUCAUCAUGUCCUCCUGGAUAUGUAGCUGGUUACAUUCUCUUCUACACACCUGUAUUGUUUCUUCCAUGAAUUUCUGUGGGCCAAACAUGAUUCACGAGCACUUCUGUGACCUGCCUCCCUUGCUCGCUUUGUCAUGCUCAGAUACGUCAAAAUAUGAUCUCUUGGUGUUUACAGAAGGUUCUUUGGUUGCAAUGAGUCCCUUUGUCUUUGUAAUGGUCUCCUAUUGUAGGAUCCUCAAAAUCAUUUUAAUGCUGCGUUCAUCCUCUGGAAGAUAUCAAGCUUUCUCCACUUGUUCUUCACACUUAACCUCAGUUGCCCUUUUCUUCGGUACUGUCUUUUUCACGUAUUUCCGUCCAUCCUCGUCAAAUUCAGUUGAAGACGACAGGUCGUGA